CCUUAUGGCUUACUCUACACAUUUUUAUAAUUGUCGACACAUAACUUUGACCGUUAAUAUCUACAUUGUUUAUUAGUAAACAUUAGAAACAGUUAUCUGUUUUACUGUUUCUUGCUCUUGAAGCAUGGAAAAUACAUAUGUAAAACAAUUAUAAAUAGGCAAGUUGAGAAUAUCAUUGGAAAAUAAGCGCAUAAUAAUUUUUGUUAAAGUUUGUCAGGUGAAAUGGGUAUAACAGGAGAGCUAGUUAGGAGUGUCUUCUCAAAGAGCAGGUCUAUUAAGAUUAAGACUGAUGAAAUCAAUAUGAAAUUCAAUGGUGUGGAGAAGAAAAGAUGGAAAACAUCAGUUAAGUCAUACCUGUGUGGGGAUGAAUUAUUCGACUCAGUUGUAGCAGAAGAGGAUUCAGCUUCUGUCAGGAGUAGGAGUUCUGAAGCCACUGUUAUGCAGAUGCUUCAGGAUGAUGGCUAUUCAACUCAAGAUAUUGAAAGCACCAAAUAUGAUAAUCCAAACAGAGAUCAUAACAGUUUUAGCUCCAAUUCGUUUGACGAAGAUACUGCUGCCACCAUCAUUCAGUCAGCUUUUCGAGGCUUUAAGGUUAGGAGUCUGAGGGAGACUACAGAUUUUCAGAAUGACUUUGAAGAAGGAAUGAAGAGUCCCGGCAGGGAAUCUAUGGCUACAUCCAUUGAAGUUCAAACUGGGAAUUCGAUUGGAGUCGUUUCAAUUCAGGAAGAAGAUACUUCUGCUUCUACCAAACUUCACCAUAAACUCAAGUCUUCAGCUUAUAAACCAAAGGAAGAUUGGAAUGAUAGCACACUAGACAGUACCAAGUCGAAAAUGAGGAUUCAGAACAGACUAGAAGCGAUGACACGACGAGAGAGGGCACUGGCAUAUGCCUUCAGUCAACAGUUAAGAAUCUGCUCAAAGAAGAAGCAUACAAAAUCUGAUCCAGACAUGGGAUGGAGCUGGCUUGAACGAUGGAUGGCCACUCGCCAAAUAGAAGUUCCCCUGGUGGAAGAGGAAGACUACUACACCAAGCAACUCACUGAAAAUGAAGCAGUAAGUAGAACGAAAGCAAGACCGUUUCUGAGGAAGAAGUUUCUAGACCUUUCAUUUGAAGAAAAAGAGAGCUGUGGUUCUAAUGAGAUACCUGUCCAAGUUGACACUUCAACAAAUUCAAAUGGAGAAGAUAAACAUGGCUACGACUCACCUAGGAAUAGGCUAAAGAACCCAACAAGUAUUUCCAGAACGAAAACUGUACCAACCUACCACUAUCAGAAAGAGUAUUCUAAGGUGAGCAAAAAAAAUAGAUCAAAGGAAACUGAAAACAAUACAAGACAGAAGGCCAGACAAUCAGAAAGCAGCAGCAGCAUUUGCAACGAUGGUGCAUCUUGGUCACCACCACCUGAUCAUUCUGUAUCUGGUCACAACUCCAAAUCAGAUCCUUAAUUAAAAUACAGGCAAAAGCGUUAGUUACGUUGGUGCAUGUUUAUAUCAGAACGCGUGUGUUUUCAAGAGCAAUAACUAGAUUAAGUCCUCAUGUAAAUUGUACAUUGGUAGUAUGCUUUCGAAUAAGAAAUAUCAUCCAGCAGCAUGUUUCCUUUAGUGCUUUAA